AUGGCUCCUCGCGAACUCGUCGUCAAUACUUCGCUGCUGACGUUGCAACAACAGAUGUUCAACGAAGCAGCCGAGCGAUAUGCGCAACUUGCGCAACGGAACAAACGGAGGAAUUCGCUGAGAUCUGCGAAAUCUGUUGUGGAUGGAGAUGAAGGAGAUGCUGAGCAGUCACCGAAUAAAUCGAUUGAAUCGCCUAGUAAACGGCGAAGGUCAAGCCACAGCACGCGCCAUGUUGCGUUUACAACAGAGGUCGUUGAAGGCCAACAGGCGACCCGGCGAAGGAGUUCGGUGAGACGAGACAGUGCGGAAAUCUCACCGAGAAGAGCCUCUUUACGAUCCUCUAUGAGUCCAAAAUCACCAAAACAUAUUCCCUCGAAUACAAACUCAAGCGAAGCAGCUCCAGUUCAAAUCUCGGCGCCUCCUCUAAGCCCGAAACUUCGAAAUCCGUAUCCGCUCAAGCGACGAAAUUCCCUGCGCUCACACACACACUACCCGAAUCACUAUCAACAUAGCGUUCCCACGCUCCCACCGCCGAAGCUCUUUUUACACCGUUGCGGCCGUGCGAAUUGCUCGGCUCGUUUUCGGUCGAGGAACAAGUUGCACGCCCAUAUCAGAACCGUGCAUGGACAUGUGCCGCUGGAAUGGAUGCGUAGCGGCAAAGGACCAGGAAAGGACGGAUUUGCUGAAAUGGCUGCGAGAUGGAACUGCCAUAUAUGUGGAAGGGCUUGUGCGGAUUCGAGGAGGUUGAGCAGUCAUGUUGAGAAGGCCCAUGCUGCUAGGGAAAGUGUUGAUAAUGGAAAGAGCAGUGAGGGGGGAAAGAAGAGUAGUGAAGCGGAAGAGGAAGAAGUAAUUGUGAUUGAGGAUUGA